GGAGAUAUGUCCCUUACAGGACCUUCGGCAAUCCAUUCAAGCCAGCAAGUUUGGAGAGCGUGUUGAGUUUAAUCAAUUCAUAACGUCGAGAUGGAGCCGAACUCACUGAAGUGGGUGGGCUCGUCUUGCGGUUUACAUGGACCAUACAUAUUCUACAAAGCCUUUAAAUUUAACCGGGACGGCAAACUGAGGAUUCUGUCUCUCGGAGACUUUUUCUUCGUCAGAUGUAAAGCGGAGGAUCCUAUUUGCAUAGCGGAGCUUCAGCUGCUCUGGGAAGAAAGAACAAGCAAGCAACUUUUAUCAAGCUCCAAACUUUAUUUUCUACCCGAGGAUACACCCCAGGGACGAACAGUCACUCACGGAGAGCACGAAGUAAUCGCAGUAUCUGAGAAGGUGAUUGUUCGGUUGGAGGACUUGGUGAAGUGGACGGUACCAGACUCAGGAUGGGCCCACGGGCUGAAGGCCGAGCCCCUCAAACCCUCGGUGCUGCGGGAGUUGGGGACCAACGGGAGGCGGGAGGCCCUCCACCGCUACAGAGAGAGCACCUUGACCAGCGGACUGAACUUCAAGGAUGUGCAGAGGGAGAGGGCACAGCUAGGCCAGGAGGAGGACGGGCGCAAAGUUUUGGUUCUCAGUUACCCCCAGUAUUGUCGCUACCGCUCAGUUUUGGCACGGCUGAGCGAGCAGCCUUCGUCCCUGCUAAUAGACCACACGGUGCUGGCGUUGGGCGGCAUCGCGGCGCUGGGCGGGGCCACGAUGAUCCUGUACUGCCGGGACACCUUUGAUAACCCCACCCUCCUGAAAAAUGAGAGCAUCUGCGACGAGUUUGCACCUAACCUGAAGGGUCGACCUCGAAAGAAGAAGCUGUCACUGUCCCAGAGGAGGGAGGCCCAGGGUCAGGCUCAGGCUCAGGGUCAAGGUCAAGGGUCAUCUGGGUCAUGCCAAGUUUCAACAGCACUGGUAUCGCUGGACCUCUACAGCCCAGACCACAAAACACCUACUAAGGUCAAACCCAGCUGUAAAGUGGUACCCAAUGGAAAAAUAACCCCGACAGCCAAACACAAGGCCAACAGCCUCGGCAAGAAAUGUCUGGCUGAGGACAAGGAGAGAAGCAAGGAUAAGGAAAAGGAAAAGGAGGAGAGAAACGAGAAGGAGGAGAGGAAAGAGGAAGAAUCAUCAGAGGAGAGCAGAGCAGAGGAGCAGGCUUUCUUAGUAGAGCUCUACAAGUACAUGAAAGAAAGAGACACGCCCAUAGAGAGGAUCCCCUUCCUCGGCUUCAAACAGAUCAACCUUUGGACUAUGUUUCAAGCUGCUCAGAAACUCGGAGGAUAUGAGUUGAUCACAGUUCGCAGACAGUGGAAACAUGUAUAUGAUGAAUUAGGCGGGAACCCCAGCAGCACAAGUGCCGCCACAUGUACACGGAGACACUACGAGAGGCUCCUCCUUCCUUAUGAGAGGCACAUUAAGGGCGAGCAGGACAAGCCCCUUCCCUUGGUGAAGCCCAGGAAGCAGGAGGGCGGCCAGGAGAAGGCAUCAGGAGCCAAAGCCAAAGGAGUAGGGGCCAAGAAAUUGAAAAACCCCAACAAUCCCAAGCAGGGCAGUAAAAAGGACAGAGGGGAGAUGGUGAAAGGCCAAGAACAAUCACAGGACUCCAAAGGGAAAGAGGAGAAUCAUGAGCUGUCUGCAGUCAUAAAACACGAGGCAUGUCUGCGAGAUGAACCAAUUGUUAUAGAAGAAGAAGAGUUACAUCUUACCCUGAAGAAAGAAGAGUCCUUAUCUAUGGAGCACUCGUCUCUGCUCUGUUCCAAAGAGCCGGACUGCAGAAAUCCCCAUGCUGGUCUACCCCUCCUCACAGUGCCCCAGCCUGAAUGGAGGCAGAUCAGCGAGGCCCUUCAAGCAAAACUCGUCUGUGAACAGCAAACCGAAGGGCUUUUCAUUCCCAAAAAUCCCUACCUGCCUCACCGCUGGGAUCACAACAAACCUGCUGGACAUGUCGCCCUACCUGAGACCACCUCAAGGGUCAAAGACUCUUUAGAAAAUCAUGGUGGGAGAGUAGGUAAAGUGUUACCAAUGUGUAAACAGCUGGAUAGACAGCCUUUGGACUGCAGCACAGACUGCUACCCAGAGAAAGAAGACUAUGGGGUGAUUAAGAAAGAGUCUUUACAGGGACCUGCACAGAUGGCCGCCUACUGCAAAGCCAGCCAGGGGGUCAUGUCUCCUUUGGCCAAAAAGAAGCUCCUAUCCCAAGUGUGUGAGUCUAACCCUUUCUCAUUUACUUCACCUCUUCAAGCUCCGCCUCCCACUGUUGCUUCCUCUCACUCAUCCAUAUCAGUGGUUGAAAGGGAGACAGAGAAGAAAAAGGCUAAAGAGGAGGGGGGAGGACAGAGGCACGGGCCAGACAACAUCCCAGAAGUAGCACCCAUCUUCAGGCCAUCGGUCAUCCAGCACGCCCAGAGCAGCAAGCCUUUACAGCAAGCCACCAGUGGCCUGUCUGAGAGGGCCCCUGCAGGCGAGCUUUCAGAGACUUACAGCGGUCGGACUAGCCACCACCUCCAGCCUCAAGUCAAUCCACCAUGGCAGCCCUAUCUGACACGGACACUUGCCCAGGACAGCGGGGAGAAAGCCGGGGAGAAACUUCUCCAGGGUCCAGCAGGUCAAUCGAGGAACUACGCAGGUGACUGCUACUCCUCCCCUCACCUCAACAGUCUGUACAGACAAACGGAGAACUGCCUGAGCCAGGAGCGGAUGGCCGGCUUCGUUAACGGAGAGCGCAGAGAGCACUACACAAGGGAGCGUGAAAGCAGCCAGGGUUUUGUUUGUGGCGGCCUGGAGCAAGAGGGCUUGGCCUACAGGUCUCACUACAGUGACAGAACUCAAACACAUGCAGAUAGCAGAGAGGCAGAAGAUGAGCCCAGAGACUUCACAAUUUCAAAACCUCUCUCCCAGAGGGUGUCCUCUUUCUCCAAGUCAUCCUUCUGUGGUCUAUCAUAUCCCAUCAUGCACCAGAGCUUGGAUUCCCAUCCCAAAGCUUGCAGAGUUCCUCCUAUGACCAUCUCUCCCCCUAAACAGAGCUCAGUUGAACCUUCACAGCCAUUUUCCAGCCCAAAAGCUUCAUCGGACUCAUCCCUCACCAGUCCCAUUCGGCCCAGUAAGAGAACUCUAGCAGAACCAGAGACUGAGGACGCUCCAGAGAGGAAAGUUCGUGUGGUGACACCAAUCCACCCCGCCGGAGCAAUCCGUCGCAGCGAUCCAGAGGAACUAAAACCAGCUGAGCCAGCCCACGCAGUCCACCUCAACAACCACCUCCCUGAAGGCCACCCUACGACCACCUACCCCCCGCCCCACGCUGCUCCCCUCUAUGCCGGCAUGUACCCGCCCGGCAGCCUGGUUUCUGCACCCGGGGCCCAGGACGGGCUGCAGCAGCAUCCAGGUCUGCAGUACCUGAAGAGCCAGUCGGCAGUGUCGCCCCUCGUGCCCCCGUUAGCCUUUCACUCCAUGAUGCUGCACCGGCAGCUGCUGGCCUCCAGUCCUAGCCCACAUCACUUCUACAGGCACCCGGGUGGGGCGGCGCUGUACGGCGACCUGCUGCACCACCUGUAUCCCCUCUCCACCCUCCCACCAGCUCAGCUGUCCUCAGUACACCCCAGCACCAGACUUUGAGAAAUUCCUCCCUCUCCAUGUUCUUUCAGCAACGUAUUUUCCAUGUCUUUUACUUGGAGAUUGUGGCUCAGCCGAAUGACAAUAAAACACUGAUUAAACUUUAAAGACUGAUAAACACAUCAGUCAGGCAGACUGAAAAUUCCAUUUUCUUUUUUUUUGGUUUUGUUUAUGCAUUUGGUUAUAUACUUUGCACUGCUCUGUAUUUUUUUUAUCACCACUUACUGUAUCUUUUUUGUUUUAUUGUUGUUGUAUUCUAAUUUGCACAAUGCUCUUGUGUAUGUGCCCACAAACCAGUUUGCCGCUCUCAGUCACCGUGAGUCAUGAUGUUGCUCUGGACAUUAAGUGGAGGGCAACAGAGGAAAAGCCAUUUGUUUACUGCAUCUGAGGGCUAAACUUUGUUGCUUAAAACACUACAAAUACCACGAUAAUGCACAUCAAAUCCUUGAUAAAAAACAAAAGGUAUGUUCAAGACCGCAAGUACAACAGCUGUUAAGCGCAUUAUUACACUUCAGCCAGUGGUGUUGUAUCUGUUUACAUUUCUCCACGCUGAAAGCUGUUGCCUGUUAAUGCCACAGUCAAUCCUCCUGAACUCUUUAGAAUUGACAUUAACCCUCACUGUGGUGCUGCAUAACAUGAAAUAGUCUGAUCAUUGCAUUCUGAGGUGCUGUGUUGACAGAUGUACUGUAGACUCACUUUCUACUCAGUUCAGGUUUUUAUUAAUUAUGUAUUUCAGUUCAUAUACAACACCAGUAGCUGUCUUGUUCAAUCUGUCGACUAAUCUCAAAUGUUUUUUUAUGUUAGAUUCGAUGAAAAGACAUUAUAAUUUUAUUUCCUAAAUAAAAAGUAAAUCAUCCCCACACCCCUUGUGAUGAGUAGACUGUAGCAGCUUGUUUUUGUCUGUAGGACCAGCAUAAUGAAGCAGCCGUCUGCUGUGGAAUGCUCACCACAAGAAAUCAGCAUUUCAUCUUUUUGUUCUCCAACUUGAAAAGCUCUUUUUUUUCGGUGAACAGACUCUUUUAUUCAACGUGCUGAAAAGACUCACUGUAUGAUUUUAUAGGAAUGUUGUCACUUAGGAUAUUAUUGCUUUGCAAAUAUCUGUGCCUUUCGCAGUCUUGGAUUAGAAUUAGCACUACAGUUGUUAAGGUUUAUCUUCUGUAGCAGGGUAGGAAUAUAAAUAUUACUGUCACUCUUUUUUAAAACGCGGCGCAGACGCUCAAAACCAUAUGGCACACUUGGCUAUCAGACACCAGACUUGAUCACAAUGAGACAAAACCUUAAUUUUUUUUUUUUUUUUUUUUUUUUUUUUUUUACAGAUUUGCUUUGCUCUAAUAUAAAUUUGCUAUUAAUUGUCAAGAAAACAAUUAGAGAGGAAGCUGAAGAGGUUUUACUGACCGUUACUAUACUCACAGGUCUGGUGUCUGUCGUCCACAGGGCAUGUGUGGUGUAUGUGUUUUCUAGCAGUGAUGAAAAGGUACCAGACUCCAUAAAGUAUGCCUACCAUGCUCUAUAGCCCGAGGUGGGAAGGCAACACCUGCUCUGGCUUUUACAACCACUAUAAUUGCGAUCCAGGAUAGUCGAAAUACACAGUGAACAUGUCUGGUGUUUCAAAAAGAAAAAAGGUCUCUAUGUGUAAAGGUUUUACUGAACACUUAGAAGACAUUCAUUUCUUAUUAAGUACUGUACAUUGUUGUGUGUAGGUAAAACUGGCAUUACUGCUGGCAAGCCCUCCUGUACAGAACAUUCAUACGGGAUCAAUUUCACGGCAAACCUUCUUUCUUGUCUUAUUUUCUGUGUAAAUAGCACUGUAGAUAGUACGGCGUGGUUGUUAUCAUAUAAACUGUUAUAAUCUGUAAAUAGUAUAUAAACAGUAUAAAAGUCGGUUACACAAUCUAGCUGUGUCCUUGUUUGCUCUGUUUCUCAAGGUCACCGUGAUCAUGUUAGAUUUAAACACUACGAUUUAAGAAUUAGAAUAUUCUUUGUUGUUGUUGUUUCACUUUUUUUUUCAUGUUUUCAUCAAUGUGCAUCCUUAAAGUGUUUUUGAUACAGUUUACCAAUCAUCCAGCUGGCGAGCAAGAUAAAAAUAAAGACAUUUUGUAUGAUAUGACCUCCUGUAUAUUUAAUUAAAAUAUUUUACUAUCUAU